AACCACGUGAGAUGAUGUAAUUCACCAUAACCUCAAAUUAGAAAAUGUACAUUGAUGCACAUGCAUGAAAAUAUUUGCAUGAAAAUAUUUAACUGAGUAUAAAUUUUAAUGUGAUUAAUAUUUAUUUAUUCAAAUUUAUUUCUAUCGUAUCAAUUUUCCUAAUUUUCGCGCGACCAUGACAGUUAAGAAUGCGAAUGAAGAGAAAAGGGAUGAAAGUGGUAAUAGUCAAGAAGCAGCCUUGAAUAAUGAAGAUUUAUGGGGAUCUGAUAUGUAUCCAGAAAGGAGAGGAAAAAAAUUUCAGCACAGUUGGUUUAAGAUAUUACUUGGCGCUCAGGGACGUGAAUCAAUAGACAAAAAUCGAUGUGAACACAAUGUUUAUAAAUGUAUAAAAGAAAGUCCUAUAAUAAAACUCAUGAUGGGAGCACUGAGGAGUUCUGGAUGUGAAAUAGAUAUUCGACGACACAUUUCUUGUGAAGUGUGUAAUCCGAUUGUAACUGGUGGAUAUGAUUCAGAAUUUAAUCAGAUAAUUAUCUGUCAAAAUUCAGCACAUAGUGAAGACAUGGUUCGAGGAGUUCUUCUACAUGAAAUGAUUCAUAUGUUUGAUUACUGCCGUAAUAAGUUAGAUGUGAAAAAUAUUGAUCAUCUAGCCUGUACAGAAAUUAGAGCAGCAAAUCUUGGACACUGUAGUUUUAUGAGUUCACUAUUACAAGGCGAUUCGUCUUUUAUUAAUAUAAAAGCGACACAUCAGAAUUGUGUAAAGCAUAAAGCACGACUGUCAGUAAUGGCUGUGCAUAAAGUAUCAAAAGAAGUUGCAGAAGCAGCUAUAGAGAGAGUUUUUACAAAGUGUUAUAAUGAUUUAGAACCAAUUGGCAGAAGAAUUCGUAGAAAUUCAUUUGAUAUGCCGAGAGCAUAUGCGGAAGGAUAUUUAUACGGAUAUGACAUUCUUUUUGAUUUAACAGAAAUUGAACAGCCCUAGAACCCGACGCUAAAGCUAAUAGCCUCGAUUGAAAUUUCCA